GUUAGGGUUUCAGGGUCUCUCUCUCUCUCUCUCACUCUUCUUCCUCCGCGAGCCGACCGAAGCUGCUUCACUCCAUCACCCCGGGAGCGAAAAUGGUGAAGGGACGCCAAGGAGAGCGCGUCAGGCUCUACGUGAGGGGGACGGUCCUCGGAUACAAGAGGUCGAAGUCAAACCAGUACCCAAGCACGUCAUUGAUCCAGGUCGAGGGAGUGAACACCCAAGAGGAGGUGGCAUGGUACUGCGGCAAACGCUUGGCUUACAUCUACAAGGCCAAGGUGAAGAAGGACGGUUCGCACUACCGAUGCAUCUGGGGAAAGGUCACUAGACCUCAUGGUAACAGUGGCGUUGUUCGUGCUAAAUUCAAGUCCAACUUGCCUCCCAAAUCCAUGGGAGCAAGAGUCAGAGUCUUCAUGUAUCCCAGCAACAUAUGAGUUCCUGCUUCCCAGGGGGCAUCUGAAUCCCAGCUUCGCGAAGGUUGAUUUGGAGGACCUACAUAGACAUGUAGCUAAAGUGAAAGUGAUUCUUCUGAAUUCAUUAGGAGAACGAUGUGUCUGCGUAUUUAUUUUCGAAAUUGUCGAAUUGUUUACUAGUUGUAUUGGAUCAGAUACCGAUUUUGACAGAUGCACAUUACGCUUGGGUGCCGGUUUGGUUUUCUUUCA